GCGGCCGGUCUCCGGCUUCACCUGAGCGGUAGAUGCCUGCUGCCGCGGAGGAGCGGGCUCGGGCUGGCGAGCGCUGCCGGUGCGCGUUCGAGGCGGACGCCUUCCCUGUCUGCCAGGGUGUCUGCCAGGGUGUGGGGCGUUUUUGAAACCUUGCUCCUUUUAUCCGCUUGCAUAUGCACAUUCAUCUUUUCACGAAGUCCGUUUUGCCUGUAAGUAGAUUGGGGCGCAGUGCCCCCAACACGCACACACGCACGCGGAGGCCCCCCCCCCCAAAAGGUAUUUUUCUAUGCUGUGUUUCUUCGGGUCGUUCUGCUGCAUCUUGUUCUGGGACAUACAACCUAAUAAAGACUUUUGUUGAUUUUUUUUUUCUCCUCCUUAGUUUAAUUAGCAUUAAAAUCUGCCCCUAGCCCUUUUCUCCGAGAAUUGCCUCCGAUCCAGAAGUAGGGUGCUUCUCAUGGUCUGUAAGAAAUUUUUCUGUCACACUCUAGGUGUUUUGUUUCUGUUUCUUUUUUUUUUCCUUCCCCCCGCCUUUUUCCUUUGGUUUUGGCCAGUAAAAGUCCUUAAAAGGCAGGAAUGUGGGUGGAAGGAUGGUGAAGCCGGCAGCUGCUCUCUAUUGUUCAUUAGCAAAACUAGAGCAGGCUGACAACAGUCCAGAGGGAAAGUUAAGUCAUUGCAGUCGUAAUGAAGGCUUGUGUCUAGGACUCAGUGUAGUUUGAAUCAGUAACUACAGACAUGUGCGUGAGUUUAACAAGUUUGAUAUGGAAAGGAAAAAAUAGGGAAGUCAUUAGACAGCAACAAUCUUUUAAGGGACAAGACUAUUUUUACCGGGAAAUAAAAAACUGAAAAGUCUUAUUUUGCAAAACCUUAAGAUACAUAAAGUUAUUUUAAAUUGUCUACUCAUGAUGAUGCAAAGAUAAGUGUAUGCUAAUGUUUCUGUCUAGACAGCCUUCCGCCUCAGUUGUUUAAUGGAUAGUACUGAAAUUUUGGCCCUGUUAAAACCGAGAAGGGAGGGAUGAGUCACUGGAUUGUUCAGUUUAGUUUGCUUACUUACAAAAAAAAAUCUGCCUGUGUAGAUACUAAUUAGUUUUACCUUUCUUUGACUGACUUCUUGUGCAAAAGUAGACCAGGAAUUAAACUAUCUCAUUAGCUUUAUGUGCCUCUUGGCCGCAAGUAAUUCUUCUGUGCUGUAUUCCAAGUCUCAGAGUACUUUGUAAAUUACAUUUAAAAUUUAAAUUGUUUUUGCUGUGACACAGGACAGCAUAAUGUCAUAGGCAGGCCUGCCCCAACAGUUGCUGACCCUAGGAAGGUUCAGCAGAGGCCCCUAAAAAUAUUUUAGGUACUUACACUUUUUAAUCAAGUUUUCAAUUUGUGAAAUAAAAUGUUCUAGUCUUCAGUUUCACACAAGCACCUUAAUUACAGCAAAAUAGAAAAUGUGUGAAGCUAAUAUUCUUAUGACUGAGUAUUGGCAAAAUAUCAAAGAUAACUGAAUUCAUUUAUUAUGGAUCUCUGAUGACGGACUGGUGAAAUUUUGGAUAAGUAAUAAUGACCUAUGUAAUUCAUAAAUUAGUACAUAUUUUCAUAAACUUCAUUUUAGCAAAGUCCGAACACUGAAAUUUAUUUUUGAAUAAAUCUUCUUAAACGUUUUUAUAAGAAUACAUAGUCACUAUUCUAGUCUUUGCUUGCCAUCUAAUUGUAAAUAGUUCUUAUGGUGUUCACCUGGUUAUCUAGAUUUACAUAUACAAAUUAAAGAAUAAUAGGAAUUGCUUUGAACAGCAGAAUGUUUCUCAGUCACCAUGUGCAAUUGUUGCAAAAACUGUGCACUGAGUUGCUAGUACUUAGAGAGCCACAAAUUGGAAUACAAAGAGAAGCAAGAAAAUGGAUGUUUGGCACUAUGAGGAAGCAGUUUUUCAUUAUGCAUUAAUCAACUAUAGUUUUGCUCUGUCAGAGAAAGGAUUUGACAGUUAACUAAUGUCUUUUCUCUUACCUGAGCACUUACAUUCCUCAAAUUUUUAUCUCUAUUCUGAAGCAGAGACCAAAAUACCAGUAUCAGCACAAUCUACAAUCUUUGCAUUGUUUCACCCUCCCCACCCAGUCCCUUAAAUGUAUUCUUAUGGAAGAUUUCUAACAUACGCAAUAAACAGUUAUAGUGUAAUGAAUUGCAGUCCUCUUCUUUGAAAGGUGUAGGCAAGAGACGUGCUUCUUCUCUGGGCCUUGAAAGGUGUGAAUUAUGAGAGUGAAUGUGUCCAUGGUUAUAGGACUUGCUUUUUAUAUCCUCUGGACUAUUCAAGUGUAUGUGUUUUAGUUCCCAGCACGUAGGAAGUUUGAAUCUAUCUUUGCAGCUGAUUUCUAAAUUUAUUGCAUUGUAAGAACAGAGUAUCUAUUAUGUUUAUUUCUUUGGAUGCAUUUGUGUUUUGUUUUUGUUUUGGAGACAGGAUUUUUCUCGUUUGUUCUUGAGAGUUUCUGCUUUGUCACAGCCCACAGCCGAUUGGGGAUCUGGUGUUGUCUCUGCUGUGGCAAGGAUUCCAUCCUUCACCAGGAGCAGUGAGUUAAAGGAUCUGGUGUUGCUGCAGCUGUGGCCUAGGUCACAGCUGUGGCUCACAUUUGCUCCCUGGUCCCGGUACUUCCAUAUGUCGCCGGGCUUGAGUGAGAGUGGGGCGUAUUUUCUCUUUUAUUCUUAAUCAGAAAUGCCCUCAUAAUGUGUCUAAAUGUAAUUUUUCUUAUUUAUGUAGGAAUUCCAUGGACUCUUUCAAUUUGUGUUUAUUUUGGGAAAGUACUGAGCUGUUACUAAACUGUUGCCGUCUCACUGUUCUUUUUUAUUUUAAAUUUUUUUCUGGAGUGCUUAUUGACUAGAUAUUGAAAUGUGUGCAUCUCUUCUUCAUAUCUCACUUUUUUCUUCUGUACAUUUCAUUCCUUUGUGCUAUUCUGUGAUGUCCUCAACUUCAUCUUUCUAUUCCAAGGAAUGUUGCCUCCUGAAGCUCUAAGGCCUGUGAUAAGUGGCAGUGGUGGGUUCUCUAGCCUGCAUUGCUCCUCUUAGGGUUCCUCGUUAAUCCCCCUGUAGGUUGCUGACCUCCAAUACUUAUUUCUUACCUCCAUAAUUGAGAUAAUACAGGCAAAAUUUCCAUCUUUUGUGAUGGCCUGAGGAGAACGAGAGAGAGUGAAGCCAAGUAGAAAAUAGGCACACCCCUUCUUGGGAAUUGCGGAGGCAAGCAGUGGGUCUCUGCAUUUCCAGUAUUUUCCAGGCAAAAUGACAAAAUAGUAACCAACUAUUUCAAGAUCUUGGACUCAUUGCUGGUUUACUGGAAUUCCAAGCUAGCCACAGACUUAGGAUCACCGGUUUAGUAUUUAAGCUAGAACAGACAAGCACAACCAAAUGGGGCAAAACCACAGCUAGGCCCUGGAUAGGUUUGGAUGGAGCAGAUAGGUGCUUAAUUGCAAAGGCAGGCCUUGGUCAUUUCAUUUCCCUCAGAGUAACCCAAACCCACAUUUUGCUGACCUCGGGUUUUGGACCCAGUCUACCAGCAUUUUAGCAAGAAUUUACUGUACUUUUUUAAAAAAGUUAAAUAAGUAUAAAUUACCAAAAAAACCUGAAAUUCUCCUUUGACAAAUAGCUGAUUAUGAUUCUGUGCACCCCUCUACUCUUCCUCCCCAAUAAGCUGACAAACACUCCAACUGUCCUGAGUGGUGUAGGUGAGUGUCUCCACACACACACACACACACAAAUGUGUGUACACUUACAGACACCUAGAGAUAUGAUAAAUAAUACAAAGUUUCUUUUGUUUACAUAAGUGGCAUUACACUGUGUUUAUCAUUUGGCACCACAUUUUAGGUCACUCAAAACUGUUUGGCUGCAAAUACCUAAAAUUCUGUGUCAUUUUAUUUAACUGUUGUGUUCACAAAAAUUAUUAGCAUAUACUACAUUUUAUUUAUUCAUUCUUUGACCUCCUUCCCAUUCCAGACUCCCAUCUAGGUGCUUUUGCAUUUUCCCACUCAGAGUAGUGCCAUAAAAAAUCUUUUAAUUUGGCUCCAUAUGUGUGUGGAGCAAAUGUUUCUCUGGGGAUCAGAUUUUUUUUUUUUUUUCCUGCUAGAGGUAAUCUUUGGAAAUGCAGGAGUUUUUGGUUUGUUUUUUGGGUUUUUUUGCUCAUCCCUUUUGUAUGCCUCAUGUACAUGUCCUCAUUGGCACUUAAAUUUCUCUACUGGCAUGUCUGCAAGAAAGCAGACUAUGACUAGUGCCUUUUGCCUUAAACAUACACAGUCCUAUAGUCAUAGAUACACAGCAAUCUAUAAAAUGCUAAGGCUUGAAUAAAUGAUCUUCAGGCUUUCCUCCAGAAACUUCUUAGGACAGAUUCAAAUGGGUAGUUUCAUAAGCAGUGAAGAACUUGAAGAAGCAACAUUUAUUACCAUUGAUAUCAAGGAGCAAUGCUUAUUUAUGUGUGUUAAGAUUUUUAAGCUGUAAUAUAAAAUAGAUUGUAAGAUACAUAAAGAAUAUGUUUUCUUUUAUAUGUGUUUGUUUUGUCCAGCUGUUUUAAAAUUCAUUCAAAAUGCCAAUAAGGCCAGAUCUCCAGCAUUUAGAAAAGUGCAUUGAUGAUGCUUUAAGAAAAAAUGAUUUCAAACCUUUGAAAACACUUUUACAAAUCGAUAUUUGUGAAGAUGUGAAAAUUAAAUGCAGCAAACAGUUUUUCCACAAGUUGGAUGACCUUAUGUGCAGGGAGCUUAAUAAAAAGGAUAUCCAGACUGUUUCAACCAUUUUGGUUUCAUUUGGAAGAUGUGGCAAAAAUAUCAGUAUAUUGGGGCAAGCUGGACUUCUAACUAUGAUAAAACAAGGUCUAGUCCAAAAGAUGGUUGCCUGGUUUGAAAAAUCCAAGGAGAUUAUUCUGAGUCAAGGAAGUUCAAAAGAUGAAGCUGUUAUAAAUAUGAUAGAAGACUUUUUUGAUCUUUUGAUGGUCAUACAUGACAUUGAUGAUGAAGGUAAAAGGCAAGUAGUGGAAAGUUUCAUACCCCGAAUUUGUGCCCUGGUUAUUGACUCAAGAGUGAAUAUUUGUGUUCAGCAGGAGACUCUAAAGAAAAUGAAUGCUAUGCUUGACAAGAUGCCUCAAGAUGCCAGGAAAAUACUCUUUAACCAAGAAAUGUUGAUUCUCAUGAGUAGUAUGGGAGAAAGGAUUUUAGAUGCUGGAGAUUAUGACUUACAAGUGGGUAUCGUAGAAGCUUUAUGCAGAAUGACCACAGAAAAACAGAGGCAAGAACUAGCAUGUCAGUGGUUUUCAAUGGAUUUUGUUGCUAAUGCAUUUAAAGGAAUUAAAGACUCUGAAUUUGAAACAGAUUGCAGGAUGUUUCUCAACCUUGUAAAUGGCAUACUUGGAGACAAGAGAAGGGUCUUUACAUUUCCUUGUUUAUCAGCGUUUCUUGAUAAAUAUGAGCUGCAAAUACCGUCAGAUGAAAAACUUGAGGACUUUUGGAUAGAUUUUAAUCUUGGGAGCCAGACUCUGUCUUUCUACAUCGCUGGAGACAAUGAUGAUCAUCAGUGGGAAGCAGUCACUGUGCCUGAGGAAAAAGUGCAAAUAUACAGCAUAGAAGUGAGAGACUCGAAGAAGCUCCUGACUAUAAUUCUGAAAGAUACAGUAAAAAUUAGUAAACGAAAAGGGAAAGAAUUGCUUUUGUAUUUUGAUGCAUCAUUAGAGAUCACUAAUGUGACACAAAAAAUAUUUGGUGCAAAUAAAUACAGGGAAUUUUCCCGAAAACAAGGUAUUUCAGUUGCCAAAACAUCUGUGCAUAUACUUUUCGAUGCAAGUGGAUCCCAGAUUCUAGUCCCAGAAAGUCAAAUUUCACCAGUUGAAGAACUUUCUACUUUGAAAGAAAAAGCUAACCCUCAAGAGGAAUUUGUUAAACCUCCAAAACAUAUCAAAAACAGUAAUAAAGGGGACAGAAAACAUGGUCAGCCCGAGAUAAUUACUCCUAGCAAAAGAAAAAUGUCUGAAGCAUCAAUGAUUGUUCCUGGUGCAGAGAGAUACACUGUGAGGAGUCCAAUACUUUUAAUCAACACAUCAACACCACAAAGAGGAAGAAUUAAACCACCACUGCAAAUGACAAGUUCUAUGGAAAAACCUGGUUUUUCUAAAACAUCGGAAAAUGGAGUGGAUAAUGCUGUAUCACUUAAAUCUAGACCAUGUGAAGAAAGAAAUAGAGAAGAUAAUACAGACAAACAUAUCAAAACUAAAGUUAUAGAAAAGGCAGAAAAUAAGGACAUUGAAUACCCAAACCAAAAUUUUAAUGAACUCCAGGAGAUAGUUCCUGAUUCACAGGCAGUGGGAAAAAUAGAUAAACCUGUGUUACCUGGUAUUUUAGACAAUAUCUGUGGAAAUAAAAUGCACUCCAAAUGGGCAUGUUGGACACCUGUAACAAAUAUUAAGCUGUGUAAUAACCUAAGAGCAAGUUCUUCAUCAGAAGACACAUUUAAUCAAGAUAUUAUUAUCAACAAAAACCUUACUAAAAAAAAAUCAUCCUCUUCAAUGUCUGAUGAUAAUUCUGAGGAAACGAGUAAGGUGCAGUAUGGGAAAGAACUAAUGCAGCAUAACAAAAUAGAUAAAGCAGAAGCAGAAGCUUGCAAAAGAAACAAACAACAACAACUAGAUCAUUCUAAACAUUCAGAGGAGAAAAAUACUGAAAAUACCAAGCAGAAUGAUUGGCGUAUUGAAUCUGAAACUACUUUUAAAUCAGUACUCCUAAAUAAGACAGUUGAAGAAUCUGUGAUCUAUAGGAAGAAGUACACGUUGUCAAAAGAUGUGAAUACUGCUAUUUGUGAUAAAAGCCCUUCUCCUAGAAAAAAUACAAAAAGUCAUAGAAAAUCAGGGAAAAGAUUGACGUCUGAACUUAAUUCCUGGGAUUUGAAACAAAAAGAAAUGAGAGAAAAGUCAAAAGGGAAAGGAUUUAAUGAUGCAGCCGAAUCAUUGAUAAGUCAGAUUAAUAAGAGAUACAAACCAAAGGAUGGCACAAAGUCUACAAGAAAAUUAAAGGAGUCUUUAAUUGACAGUGGUUUUUCAAACAAGUCUGAUCUACAGCUCAGAAAGGAAAAGGUUCAGAAAAAAAGUUACAGACAAUUGAAGACUACUUUUGUUAAUGUUACUUCUGAAUGCCCAUUGAAUGAUGUUUACAAUUUUAAUUUGAGUGGAGCUGAUGAGCCUGUUAUAAAACUUGGGAUCCAGGAAUUUCAAGCUACAGCUAGAGAAGCCUGCGUGGAUAGUACAAUAACAUUGGUAGGUUUAAGGAAUCAUGAUGAACUUGAAACUUCUCUCAAAACCAAAGAUAAACGAACUGUAACAAAUCAUAAGAAGAAAACUCUCUUUAGUGAUACUGACACAGAAUACAAAUGUGAUGACAGCAAAACUGAUAUUAGCUGGCUAAGAGAAUCAAAAUCGAAACCACAGUUAAUAGGCUACAGCAGAAAUAAAAAUGUGAAGAAACAUAAAAGUGGGAAAUCAAGAUCAUCUUUGGAAAGGGAACAACCAAGAUCUAAAAUGACACCCGACAAAAACAUCACCAAAAAGGUCGAUGAAACAGUUCCAGAUGGGAGAAUCAGACUUCCACGAAGAGCAGCAAAAACCAAAAAAAAUUAUAAAGAUCUCUCAAAUUCAGAAUCAGAGAGUGAACAAGAAUUUUCACAUUCAUUUAAAGAGAAAUUGCUAAUAAAGGAGAAUAUCCAUUCCAGAAGCAAAACCAUGAAGCCGCCAAAGAAACAGAAUUCCUUCUCUUCCGAAAUGCAAAAGGAUAUAUCAAAAGAAUGGAAAAACUCAUCUCUACUAAAAGAUACUAUAAGAGAUAAUAGCCUUGACAAAUCUCCUGUAUCUUUAUCUGGGAGUCCAUCAUCUAUAGAAGUAAUGAGAUGCAAUAUAGGUACAGAGAAAACGACCGAAAGAGAUUUUACUCAAGAUUUUGACUAUGUAACAAAAUCACUAUCACCUUAUCCAAAAACUUCAUCACCUGAAUCCUUAAACAGUGGAGUUGAAAGUCCAAUAAAUUCACCCAAUAACAGUGAGAAAAACUUACUGUGUGGAGGAGAAAGUUGCUCACCAAUUCCACAAUCAGGCUUUUUGGAAAGUCAUUCAGCAUCUCCACUCUCCAUGGCUAGUGAAGGAAGAGAGAAAAUAUGGGGUGGCCUGCCCUGUGACUCCACUCAUGGAUCAGGCCCUACACUACAUGUUAGUCGGAAACGAAUGUACAUAGAAAAGGAUCUGAGUAAUUCUGAUGAAGUAGCAUUGGGAGAGAGAGAGGAGGAAAGAGCAAGCUUGCUUCCCAAAAAAUUAUCUAAAAGUGAAGGUACGGAUUUUCAAACUUACAAAGUGUCUGAAAGUAUAUCUCCAUUAUCAACAAAUGACUUUUCUAUUCCUGGGGAGAACUGGGGAAAUGAAAUGUCAGAUGUCGGAAUGAUGUAUGAGCAGCUCAAUACAGAAUUUAGGAGGAAAGUUCAUAUCCGCCACAAAAUAAUGGAUUAUUUUACGAAGCAUUCUUGGAAAACAGCUCAACAACAUAUAAAAACAAUGAAUCAUCAGAUUCAGGAGUAUAGAAUCAAAAAACUUGACAAAUUCCAAUUCAUCAUCAUAAAGGAGCUGGAGAAUUUUGAAAAAGAUUCACAGUCCUUAAAAGAUUUGGAGAAGGAAUUAGUGGGCUUUUGGGAGAAGAUAUUUCAGAAGUUCAGUGCCUAUCAAAAAAGUGAACAGCAGAGGCUUCACCUUUUAAAAGCUUCGUUGAACAAGAAUGUCUUCUACAAUACUGAUUAUGAAGAAACUAUUUUUACUUCUGAGAUGUGUUCAAUGAAAGAAAACAUGAAAAUGAUACAAGACAGGCUUCUUAAGGAAAUGCAAGAAGAGGAGCUUCUUAAUGUGCGCAGAGGGCUAAAGUCAUUAUUCAUGGCUCAUGAAAGAAACAAUGUGUGAUGUCUAGUUGCUAUCAACAGGUUUUAUCCAAUAUUUGUGUAUAACUGAGGAAAUACCCAAAGUAGCUCUACAAGGAGAAAAUAUAUGUCACCCUGGCAAGAGCACCUUUGUAGGAACCUCCAAAUUCAAAGAAAUGUCAUUUUAUGGAUAAAAAAGACCCUAUAAUCACUUUAACAUACUCCGAGCCCCAAAGUCUUGUCUAUACAGUACUGCUUUUUUUAAAGAAAGUUUUGGGAAGCCAAACAGUCAAAGGAAUUGUUUUUAUGGUAAUACUUGCAUGAGACAAUAUUACUGAGUUAACUGUACUCAAAACUAGUUAUUUCUUUAACAAACUAAAAUUUAUCAUAUAUUUUAAAUAAGUUUUAACUACAGAUAUAAAUUAUUAAUAAAAUUUAUUUACUAGUUCAGAAUAUACUACAACUAUUAAAAAUUUUAGUGACACAUAGAACAUUUGAUUUAAAAUACUUACCUGAGUGUAAAUCAGUACUUUGAGGAUACUGUUGGAGAGUAUAUUUGUUCUGCUUCAGCUCCAUUAUGCUAGAAGGCACAAAGUAGCCUAAGAUGGUUACUUUGUUAUCGAAACAUUUUAAUUCUAGGUGGAGACAUUAUUAACUCAUAAGCAGGCUGUUUUGACAAGUACUUUUUAAGCCCUAGUGUUCUUUGUAAUAAUAUUUUGCUAGAUUAAUUUAUGAAAUAAUACAGUUUAAUUGUAUAAUAAAGUUGAAAUAAAUGCUCUGUCA